CUGCACAGGAAGCGUGUGAAUAUCUCACUAAAGUCCUGGGUAAAACCCCAUUACUUCUGACAGAACUGGAUCUGAGUAAAGAAAAAUUAGGAGAUCUGGAUGGAGAGAAGCUGUCUGCUCUUUUGAUGGACUCCCAUAGCAAAGUGGAGAAAAUGAAGCUGAACAAUUGUAGGCUGACAGAGAAAAGCUGUUCAGUUCUAGCUACUGUUCUCUCCUCCAAAACCAUCCUGAAAGAGAUGAACCUGAACAACAGUCGUCUGCUGGACUCAGGAGUCAAAAAGAUCUGUGAGGGACUGAAAAAUCCUGUGUGUGAACUGAAGAUACUCAAACUUUCAGACUGCAGUAUCACUGAAGAAGGUUAUAAAGCUCUGGCUUCAGCUCUGAGAUCAAACCCUUCACACCUGAUAGAGCUGGAUCUCACAGGAAAUGAUCCUGGAGAAUCAGGAGUGAAGGAGCUCAGUGAUUUACUACAGGAUCCAAAUUGUAAACUGAAGACACUGAGGUUUUUGAGUCCUGCUGCAGAUGAAGCCUGUCAAUUUGUGACUGGAAUUGUGGGAAGAAACCCGUUACUUCUGAGAGAACUGAAUCUGAGUGAACAUGAACUAGGAGGCACACGAGUGAAACAGAUCGCUGCUCUACUGCAGGAUAAACACUGUAAACUCAACACACUGAUACUUUCAGACUGCAGUAUCACUGAAGAAGGUUAUAAAGCUCUGGCUUCAGCUCUGAGAUCAAACCCUUCACACCUGAUAGAGCUGGAUCUCAAAGGAAAUGAUCCUGGACAAUCAGGAGUGAAGGAGCUCAGUGAUUUACUACAGCAUCCAAACUGUCAACUCAAGACACUGAGGUUUUUAGGUCCUGCUGCAGAAGAAGCCUGUCAUUAUGUGACUGCAAUUGUGGGUAAAAACCCACUACUUUUUAGAGAACUGAAUCUGAGUGAACGUGAACUUGAAGACACAAGUAUAAAGCUGCUUGCUGCUCUACUGCAGGAUAAACACUGUACAAUCAACACACUGAUUCUGUGUGGAUGCAGUAUUAAAGAGAAACAGUGUCUCAUCCUGACAUCAGCUCUGAAAUUAAACUCAUCACACCUGAGAGAACUGGACCUCAGUGACAAUAUGCUACAAAACAGAGGAGUGAAGAUUUUAUGUGACGUACUGAAGGAUUCACACUGUAAACUGGAUAGAUUGAGGUUAAGAUACUGUGAUAUGACAGAUGAAGGUUGUUCUGCUCUGACUUCAGCUCUGAAAUCAAACCCAUCACACCUGAGAGAACUGGACCUCAGUGGAAAUAAACUAGGAGUUGAAAACCUUGAUGUCCUGCUGAGGAACCCAGAAUUCAAUCUGCAAAUACUAGCUCUGUGUGGAUGCAGUAUUACAGAGAAACAAUGUCUCAGUCUAAGUUCAGCUCUGCGUUCAAACCUUUCACAUCUGCGAGAGCUGGACCUCAGUGAAAAUGAACUAAAAAAUACAGGAGUGAAUCACUUAUGUGACACACUGAAGGAUUCAAACUGUAAAGUAGAGAGACUGAGGUUAAGAUGCUGUGAUGUGACAGAAGAAGGUUGUUCUUCUGUGACUUCAGCUCUGAAAUCAAACCCAUCACAUCUGAGAGAAUUGAACCUGAGUGGAAAUCCACUAGGAGACUCUGGAGUGAAACACCUCUGUGAUCUACUGAUGAACCCACAAUGCAAUCUGGAAAUACUAGAUCUGUGUCGAUCCAGAAUUACAGAGAAACAGUGUCUCAUCCUGAUUCUAGGUCUGUGUUCAAACCCAUCACACCUGAGAGAGUUGGACCUGAGUGAGAAUCAAAUGAAAAACGCAGGAGUGGAUCACUUAUGUGACGUACUGAAGGAUUCACACUGUAAACUGGAGAGACUGAGGUUAAGAUCCUGCGAUAUAACAGAUGAAGGUUGUUCUGUUCUGACUUCAGCUCUGAAAUCAAACCCAUCACACCUGAGAGAACUGGACCUUAGUGGAAAUAAAGUAAAAAACAAAGGACUGAGGCACUUAUGUGACAUACUGAAGAAUUUAGACUGUAAACUGGAGAGAUUGAGGUAAGAAGCCUUUGUUCAUUAGAAGUGCUCCUGGAGGCUAACAUUUUGCAGAGUUUAGCUCCAACCUGCUCCAGCAAACCUGCCUGCUGUAAUCUUGAAGAUAUUUAAUUAUCUGCUUCAGGUGUGUUUAAUUAGAGUUGAAACCAAAAUGUCCUACUAAAGGACACGGUGGCCCUCCAGGAGCAGGAUUGGACAAACCUACAAGAAUCAAAAUACUUAGUAUAAACAGUUUAAAUCAAAACAUUUUACACUCAUUAUCACUUAAAUAUUUCACAUUUUAUUUCAGGACACUUAGAGAUGUAUUUAUUUAUUUAUUAGAGAAAUCAUUAUUUUAAAAGUUAUAAAAGUCAUUAGUCUGUAAAUGGUUUUGUUCUUAUAAUUUGUCAUGAAAUUAAUCCAAAAAGCCCCUCAAAAAACGAUUUUUUCAUACCAGGUUGCAUACUAUUCUAGUGAAAUAUUGAGACACUCAGCAUAUUAGAUUCCCAUAUAAAUUAUUGAUUUAAUUUGUGAAAUUUUGUUGAUUUAAACUGGGUUAAAGUGGAAGUGUCUUCCUCUGUCUUUUUCUAGUCUAAAUGACUGUGGCAUUACAGAUGUUGCUUUUUUGGCUCAGACUUUGGCUAAGACGAAAGCUUUGCAUUUUUUAAAAGAGCUUGAUUUGAAAAAGAAUAAAAUAGGAAACUCGAGGAAGCAGCUCAGUAAAGCGCUUAAAGACUCCAACUGUAACCUGAGCCUAGACAGUGAACAACGCCUUUUCAAAGCUGGUCUUAACAUGUUGGUGGAUGGUUUUACACUGUGAAAUCAACAGGACUGGACCAGACACCAUUAUAUAAGGGAUCACAAAAAUAAAUAAAUAUUUAUAUGACUUUUAGAAUGUGAACAUAAAUAUAAACUAUUCAAAACCUACAGCAUUUAACAUAACAAAUGUAAAAUGUAUUGUUGUAGCUUUAAUGUGUUGCUAUUUAAAUAAUUCCUAAUGCAUAAAGGUGGAACAAAUUACAGAUGAAAUAAAGCAGCAUUACAGAGCAAAGAGAAAUAGAGUAAAAGGGCUAACAUAUAUCUAAGCCAGAUUUAAAAUGAAAGAUUAUAGUAGGCAUCAUUAUUUUUUGUUGUUGAAAAAAGUGAAUGCUCAGUUUUUAUGGAAUACUCUUUCAAUCCAAAUAACUGUCUCUGUUUUAAAUAUAGCUUAAAUACAUGUUUUUAUUAAUUAGUUAAUUCUUGACAGUGUAUUGAUAUAUUGUGUGCUUUUGGAUUUUAAUUGUGUAUUUUUGUGCUUGUUUUAUUCAGCUGUAAAGAUCUACAUGUCUGUUUUAUUAAUGCCAGGGUGUCAAUGCUUUUUUUAAGUACUUGAAUUUCAGACAGAUGGAUUCAAGGACUGGAAAAUGGGGGUGGGGGGCAUAGGUCCUUCUACAUUUUGUUAGAGAAAAAUGGUGCUACAGUAUUACAGAAACUGACUUUUACGCACCGCCAAAGCCAGAAUGAAAGCGCUACUUCAGGAAAAUCUGGAAAAGUAGCUUGAGUGGAUCGAAUGUAGCCUGUUGUAAACCACAAUAUUGCGUGUUAUACUACGGGUCCAUUGUAUGAUUGAAUCUGAUUGGCUGAUGAACAUUAUGAGGUGUGCAAUUAUUUUCUGGGAAACGCACGGCGAAUAUAGUUCCAGGCAGCUCUCCUGACCGCAUUACUGUUCCAUAUCACUUUUGCAAAGAAAAGCUGUAAUAAUGUUCACGCAGUUUGCACAAAAAGGUGUUGUCAACGAGCGCUGCCCUGAUGAUUUUAGCAGUUAGCUUAUAUAGUGUAGCAACUUAAAGGCCUUACAUGACAUUUCUCACUAGCGUGGAGACAGCACUGUUUAGAGAUGCAAAGAGGUAAGUUAGACUAAUUCACACAAGCUCUCUCAUUCUCUUUCUCUCUUUGUGUGUCUCUGUCUCUCUCGCUCUAUUUCUAAUAAUGUGAUUAAUAACUGCAUUAGAACGAUAUCAAGGGCUCACUGCUCUAUUACCAGCUUUAAAAUUUCGUUUUGGAACUAGCAAAAGAGACAUUGGAUGAGAUGCGGAAGAAAUAGUCCUACUCACAAUAGCGUUUUAAGUACAAAAUCCAGGCAAAUCCCAUAAAUCAUCUGAUCGAUGUCUUGAGGUGUGGUUACCGUAGUAUAAGCGGAAUAAUUGACUCCAGGCCAUUGAAUUAUAAGAAAAAUAACUCCGCUUCGCAUCGUGGCCACAUCACCACCUCGGUGUGCAUUAUUUUUCAAAUAAUUCAACGGGCCGCCAUCAGUUAUUCCUUACCUUUACAAUCAUCAACUCUUGGUGAUUUUAUGUUAGUGCUUGAUCACAUGUGAGUGCUGGGAGUCCCAGAUAUUGUUUUUAAGAGUAUGAAUAUGUUAUAGUAUGUUAAAGAGAAUUUAACAUACUAAAAAGAAUGAGAGAUGUUUUUUUAUUAAUACUUGUGUGUACAAUAAACAAAACAGCUGUGGACAACACCUCUGCAUUAUUAAGUGCAUUAUAUAACUGGAUCAGGAAGUAGAUCGUGAUUGUGUGCAGGCAGCCCCUCUGAGAAGCAUGGUGCAGUUUAGCUUAGUGUCAGGGAAGAGCAUAUUCAGUGCUUGACUCAGGGCAAAUAUUGUUAUUUGGUGCAAAUCAGCUCCAUCUACGUUAGCGAUUGAAUUUGCAUUUUCAUUCAGCAUGUCUGCACUCAAAAAAAAUGAAACACGGCUGUUGUUGGUUCAGAGAAUGUAAAUAAAUUCGAAUUAUUCAGUACACUUAAGUUGUGCUUUAAAAUUAAAAUAUUUCUUUUGACAAAAUUAAAAAAAGUAAUUUUCUAAUUUACACAAUUCACUUACGUUAAAUGAAUGAAAUAAAGUUGUGUUGCUUCUGCAGUACCGCAUGUUGAUCAGCAGGUGGAGCUAUAUCUGCACAUGCGCAGAUAGAACGCACAUGGUUCAAUCUUCUCUUCUGAUUGACGCCAUUUUGUGCAGUUCGUUUUGUGUUCAUGCGGAGACACAGGUAAGAUACUUAUUUUACUAACUUUAUACUGAGAUUUUCAAAGAUUAGAAUUGCGAAUUACAGAUUACAUAAAAUCUAGAUGUAUUUCACGUGUAAUUGACAUUGUUUUCACAUAAUUAUUAGUCACUUUGCAUUCCGUUUUUGUUCCUAUGUAAUAUUUUCCACUUUUUUGCACUUUGAAAUAAUAUAAAUUAUCCCAUAAAAAGACAAAUGACUUUUUUUUUCAAUUGCUAAUUAGUAGCAUUCUCCCCAUUUGUGUAAAUAGAUAGUAGUGUGCAAAUGAAGUAAUUUUGUCCUUUGGCUUAGUACUAAUCUACAAUAAUUGCUUUAAAUAAUGGUCUGUGGCAUUUCUAUUUGAUGUCAAAUGAAGAUAAAAAACAGAAAUAAACGCAUCUAAUGCAUCUUAAAUAAGAUGGCAUUUAGCUGAGUUUGUUGAUUAGGUCAUCCAAAACAUUUACAGUAGUUGGCAGUUUUACAUCUUUUAUUUUCUAAAAAUGUAAAAUCAUAAAAAAAAAAAAAAACAUAGACACCAUAACCGCAGACAAGCAUAUCCAUGUGUAUAUACUCACUGUCCAUGCACUUUUAAAACAUGGAAUGCACUGCGGUCCCACUUAUGCAGAUCACAUGGCAGUGAGAAGCAACCUCAUAGGCAAAAUAUUAGUGAAACUACAAUGAUAAAUUGCCAUGUUUGUGCUGCCACUGACAUUCCUUCAGUAAAUGAUUACUUUCUUCAUAUUAAUAAUCACUUGCGCAGUCAUGAGACAGUAAGUUGUAUGUUUAAUGAUUGCUCAUUUAAAACCAACGUGUAUGGCACAUUCAAAUCACAUAAAAGCCGAAAACACUGUCAGAGUUCGAUGUCAGAUUUUAAAGAAGGAAUAGUGAAAACACAAGAGGAAAGUGGGGUAUCUGAAGACAGUCUUUUGAACGAAGAAACUGAUCCUUCUGAAGAAGGUGUUUUAGAGAGUAUUGAAUCUGAAAUCUGAAUCAAAAAAAAAAAAGAAGCUUUUCCAUAUUUUCCAGCAGCGUCAGUGUUGGGAUUUAUGCAUCUACAAUUAGAACAACUAUUAGAACAGAUAUUGCAAUUGUGAAUAAGCAAACUGCUAAUAAUGGCUUCUUGGUCACACUUUUCAGGAUGUCCCCAUCGAAAAAAGACGUGAAUGCAUCCUAAAAGCCCUUGUUGUUUAUGUGAAUGAAGACCUCUCAAACCUUGUGAAGGAGUACAUGGACGUUGAACAUGAAGCCCAAACCUCAAUGCGCAACACCACCCUAGGAAUCUAUGUCAUCAAACCUGAAAGGGGCACAUGCCACAGACCCUUACCAAGAUGUUGGCAUCAUCGUUGAAGGCAUCAAAAUACUUGAAAACCUGAACAAUGUUGCCAAUGCGUGUUCUAUGAUGCUUGGUCUAAUUUAAACAUUAAACUUUGCCUACCCGCAAGACUUGAGAUACACAUUUGAAACAUUUUAAAAGCUUUUUAUGGAGCUAGAUGCCAACAAGCUGUCAAACAAGGUCCAUGUCCUAAAAAAUAAACUUCUUUUUUAAGUACUAACUUGAGGUAAGGUUCAAGAGGUGGCACUUAUGUUUCCUCGAUGUUACACUGUUGGCUUGUUACAGUACAUUUGUUCCAAGACUGACCUUGUUACACUUUUCAGUAUUGAUCUCAUUUUAAAUAAGUGCUUUAUUUUUUAUCCCAAUUUAACGGAGGCACAGACUGCAAGAGACACUUUUCACCCACUUCAUUUCAUUUAUAGCAAUGCUUUUUUUGUUGUUGUUUUUUUGUAUGUGCUUUUAAUAAGAAAACGGAAAGCAGUUUUAAAGAUACAGAUUUUGACCAAAUAAUUUGUGAAAGGUAUGUUCUUGAAUGCAUUAAGUGCAUUUACAGUGUAUUUGAUUUACUUAAAAUAGUAGGAAAACAUUGAGACAGUGUUUACUGAAUUUUGCACAUAAUUCUUGUUAAAAAGGUGUAGAAGUAUAUUUCAGUUGCAAUAAUAGGAGAAAACAAUGAGAUAUUGUUCACAUUGUACAGAUGUUGUACAAAAUGCACUGACUGAAUAAAGUAAUUCAAACCAGAAAAAAAAUCAUUUUUAUUUUGGUUGAAUGUAAAAAAUAUAUAUAAUUCAGUUGAACUUAAUUGAGUUAAUAGUUUAAAAUAGAAACAAGAUUGUUAAUCUGAUUCAACUAAACAAAAUUACAUUACCUUUAUAUAAAAAACUUAAGUUUACUGAAAUAGAUAAUGUUACUUAAACUCAACAGCACAUAAUUACGUGGAACCUGUUGACAUAAUAAACUUAAUUAAAUCCAACAUAUCAUUUUUUUGAGUGUGCUAU